GGUCGGGUAGUGGGGAAGGAGGCGGAGCCCGGCCUGGCAAGAUGGCGCCUUCCGCGUUGCUGAGCCCCUUUUCACGGCUGCUGGCCCCCACUAGGCUCCCAAGCAUCUCUUCAGCGCGGCCAAAGUUCUACGUGCGGGAGCCCCUACACGACAAACCUGACUGGCUGAAAGUUGGGCUGACCUUAGGCACCACCGUCUUCCUGUGGGUCUAUCUCAUCAAACAACAUAAUGAAGAUGUUUUAGAGUAUAAAAGAAGAAAUGGGUUGGAAUAAACUAUUGAAAUACCAGUACAGUAUGCUCCAUACAGUGAUUAUAGCAGUUCCUCUGGAUUCAUCAAUCUGUUGAGUUGUAAAUGUGAGAGAAAAAGUUAUAUGUUAGAAUAUGUCAAGUUAGCAUUUGUGUUUUACAUCAUUAAAUGAAAGAAAUAAAAAACUUCUACAGUCUUCAUAAUACA